AUGGAUCUAGAACACCAUCUUCGUUACAUGCGCAUGGCCACCAAGCUUGCCAAAUACGCUCUGGACCAUGACGAAACUCCCGUUGCUUGCAUAUUUGUAUACACACCAACAAAUCAAGUAGUGGCUUACGGGAUGAACGACACCAAUCGCUCUCUUACAGGUAUCGCACACGCAGAGUUUAUGGGUAUAGAACAGAUCCAGGCCAAAUUCGGAGCCUUUGAUACCUCUGUAUUCCAUAACAUAACCCUCUACGUCACUGUGGAGCCUUGCAUAAUGUGUGCCUCGGCUUUAAAGCAGCUGGGAAUACAAAAAGUGGUCUUUGGGUGCGGAAACGAAAGAUUCGGUGGUAAUGGUUCAAUUUUAAGAAUUCAUCAAGAUGCGUCCACUACGCCCGAAAACAAGUAUUGGUCCUUACCUGGUCUUUUGAGAAGAGAAGCAAUUAUGCUUCUAAGGUAUUUUUAUGUGCGAGAAAAUGAACGUUCGCCAAAACCACGAGCCAAAGCUAAUCGAAAGCUCGAUUUGACAACUUUUCCUUUCAUGGAUUGGAGCACAUAUCUUUCUCGAGAAGAAUUUACAACCAUUUAUGGUCCAGCAUUGCUCAAGUUUUACGACAACAAGCUUGAUCUCAACGAAAAAUUGGACUGGGACCUUAUAAACAACAAUCAAGACGAGUUCUUCCGGGACCUGCAAGAGCAAUGUGAGAACUUUUCCCUACAGGCCAGCAAAAAAUGUAAACCGAAAACCGUGAGCUAA